CACUAAAACAUAUCUGGAGCCAAUGCAAUGCUGCAUACAAUUCAAUGGCUGCUAUCUGCUCGCUCCUCCUUCCUUUCCUUUCUGUUGCCAGCUAGAUUUUACCUUAGCCUCUCCGUCUGAUGGAGAAAAAAUUACAAAACAACGUCGACUGCAUCCUUCUUUUUCUUCCAAAGGAUUAGCUGCUCCGUAUUCAAGAUGUGCUGAGGGGGAGAGAGAAAAAAAAGGGACGGCUUUUCAUACCAGGCGUUUCUGCAAUGAUUCAUCCAGCAGGUUACCGUGUUUUGCAAGUCGGAAUACUGCAUCUCUUCCCUUUGUGGCUGCUUGUAAACCUUACAUAUGCACAGUUCCGAUACUCUAUCCCCGAGGAGCUGAACAGGGGAGAAAUUGUGGGCAAUAUCGCUAAGGAUCUUGGAACAGAUGUGGCAAAACUAGUAGCUGCUAAUCUCCAGGUACUUUCCGAUUCUGAUUCCCAAUAUUUCUCUGUAAAUGUAAACAAUGGAGCCAUAUUGGUGAAUGACAGAAUAGACAGGGAGCUGCUUUGUGGUCAGAGUGUUACAUGUAUCUUAAAUCUAAAAUUUGCUAUAGAGAAUCCGGUAGAAGUGUAUAGGAUUGAGGUGGAAAUAUUAGACAUAAAUGAUAAUUCCCCCCGAUUCCAGAGUGAGGAGCUGACUUUAAAAAUAAACGAGUUGGCAUCCCCUGGUGCUAGAUUUCUUAUUCCAAAUGCACAGGAUCCAGAUAUAGGAUCCAAUGCUUUGCAGGAAUACCACCUUAGCUCAAGUGAGAAUUUUGCUCUCAUAGUCAAAAAGCGCACUGACGGCACUAAAUUUCCCGAGUUGGUUUUAGAAAAGGCUCUGGAUAGAGAGCAGACAGCUGUCCACCAUCUGGUGCUGAAAGCAGAGGAUGGUGGAGUACCUUGUAGAUCUAGCACCAUGCAAAUUACUAUCAUUGUCCUAGAUGCCAAUGAUAAUCACCCAGCAUUCGAUCAACCUUCUUAUAAUGUCCAGCUGAAAGAAAAUGCCCCCAAAAACUCCCUAGUCAUAAAACUUAAUGCAACAGAUCUAGACGAAGGGCCUAACGGAGAGAUUGAAUACUUCUUUAGCAGCCACAACUCUGAGGCCUUAAGCAAUAUUUUUCAACUCAACUCAGAGAGUGGAGAAAUCCGUGUCCUCGGAAAUCUAGAUUUCGAGGAAAUUUCAGUUUAUGAGAUUGAUAUUGAAGCUAGAGAUAAAGGGAGUCCUAUAAUGGAGGAACAUUGCAGUGUAAUUGUCCAUAUUAUUGAUGUAAAUGACAAUACACCUGAGAUGAUGAUCAGUGCGUUCUCUAGCUCAGUUCCAGAAGACUCACCAGCUGGGACAGUAGUUGCUGUGAUAACUAUAAAAGACAAAGAUCACGGUGACAAUGGAAGGGUACAGUGCCAAGUAGACAAAAAUCUCCCGUUCACAGUACGGGAAGAUUUCGAGCACCAAUUCUCCUUGAUUACAAGUGAUAACUUAGACCGUGAAAGUGUCUCUGAGUACCAUAUAACUAUUACCGCCAAGGAUAUGGGCAGCCCCCCUCUCUCCACAGUGAAAGUUAUAUCAGUUGGGGUCUCUGAUGUGAAUGACAACACCCCUCAGUUUGUUGAACCAGUUUAUGAAGUCUUCGUGGAAGAGAAUAAUAAAGCCGGUGAGUUGCUUUGUACUGUUUCUGCCACGGACCCAGACUUGGACCAGAACUCACGACUCUCUUACUCCAUUUUACAAAACCCUAAAGAGGACUACGCCAGCUCGUCCCACAUCUACAUCAAUUCAGAAAAUGGACAGGUCUACCUUAAGUUUCCUCUUGAUUAUGAGAGGAUUAACUACUUCCAGUUCCAGAUAGAAGUUUCCGAUGCUGGUUCUCCACCCCUCAAAAACAAGACUGUUGUGCAUGUUUUUGUUCUAGACCAAAAUGACAAUUAUCCAGUGGUUGUGUUUCCUUUAGUUGGAGCUAAUUCCGUUGCCCAGUGCAAGAUCCCACGUUCCACUGGGCCGAAUGUCAUGGUGAGCAAGAUAUCUGCGGUAGACCAUGACUCGGGCCGAAAUGCUUGGCUCUCCUACAACUUACUGGAGGCGACAGAUCCUACAUUGUUCAGCAUUGUCAUGAGAACUGGGGAAAUUAAAACCAAGCGCGCAAUUCAAGAUGUCGAUCCUAACCUACAUGAGCUUCUUCUGUUGGUAAAGGAUUCUGGAGAACCUUGUCUAUCCACCUCGGUUACAGUGAUGAUGACCCUGGAAGACAAAGAUCUAGAAGUGUCACAGGGUGUAAAAGACCACUCUAAAAAGAGGAAUAUUUCUAGUCUCACUCUGUAUCUGAUUGUCUGUUUAAUUGUGAUUUCUGUCAUCUCGUUAAUUGGUUUGGCGGCCCUCGGAAUUAAAAUCCACAAAUGCGAGAACAAGAAUUUCCCCCUCUGUUGCCGGCAAAGCCAAAAGAAAGGUGUGAUGGCAGGAUCAAAGCUACAUGGAACUUUUCAGCUUCACCCAAGCCUUUGUAACACUAUAAUAGGGGUUCGAGUGGAUUGUGCUGGAAAUAUCCCAUCUAAUCGAAGGGUCAGGACAUGUUUCUCCCCAGUCUCAGAUAUUAGUGAGUUUAUGUUUAUGAGACCACCUCAUGUCACUGCUAGCUCCUCUUCCCCCGGAAUAUUGGUUCCAGAUCCCAACUUCUCCAUUGCUUCCAAUGAGCAGGCGCAGGCCAACAUGGACUGGCACUUCUCACAGGCGCAAAGGCCUGGGACAAGCGGCGCUCAACCUGCAGAGGAAGCCGGGGUCUGGCCAAACAACCCUGUGGAAACAGAAAGGCUUCAGGCCAUGAUCCUGGCGUCAGCAACUGAAGCUGCUGAAAAUUCCAACAUUGGAUGCGGAACGGGGACUAUGGGUCUAGGGGCCUGUUACGGGCCUCAAUUUACUCUGCAGCAUGUUCCUGACUACAGACAGAACGUGUAUAUUCCAGGGACUGCUACUCUUAACGCUGCUGUGAAACAGGAAGGGAAGGUUCCUGCGCCUUCAGGAGGGAACAAGAAGAAAGCAUCCAAAAAGGAGAAAAAAUAAAAUUUUGCACCGACAUAGUGCAACCCUCUAAGCACUUAUCCCCAGCCAAAUCAUGACGAAUGUUACAGAGAAAGGCAAAAUAAUGAAGGCGAUUGUUCUAAUGAAGGCGAUUGGAAACAAAGUGAAUUUUCCUGGUAGAAAUUGGCGUGAAAACAUAUAUAAGAUUAUUAUUCUGUUUUCAUACAUGCAGUGAUACAAUGCUACUUUAUGCUUUUUUUCUGGUCUACUGUAUAAAACAAAAAUAUUCCCCUUCUUAAAAUAGUAGUAUUAAAAAUACAUAAUUAAUUAAUUAAAAUAUACAGGUCAACCUAUAAUUAAAAAAAAAAAAAAAAAAGUCAGUUGACUCUAACCUUUGAACUAUAGAUAGAAGUAGCGAAGAAGUUACUGGAAAGCACAUUUUCCUUCUUUUAAUUAUAAUUACAGUCCUUAUUUUUCUUGAAAGACCCCCUACCCCAAUAUGUUUCAAAAGUUCCCAGGGACCUGUGAAAUUAAAUCACAACUCAAGUCAAUGGCUAUAACUGUUACUAAAGGGUCAUACUGAAGUGUAUUGGACAAAAUAACCAGAUUCAGGUUUGUGCAUUAAAUGGUUCAUACAUUUCUAGGAAGAAUAGGCAGGCAAGUCGUAAAACCACAAAUGUUCUGUAUACGGACCUGGCGUCUAAAGUGCACCUAUUCUGAAGGCCAAUCUGGUUAAUUACACAGAAUAAUGGUCAGUUUUGGAAUCCUAAUUGAAACAGAAAGGAAUGCUUUCAAAAAAACAAACUCUUAGAUAAAAAAAAAAAAGAAGAUUACGUAAAACAAGAUGAGACAAUAAGACACAUGUAUGGGGAAGGCUACAUGGAAAUUGGCAACGUUGAUUUUUAAAGAUGUUUUUAGCGUCUGGUUGGCGCCUGCAGCCAGGACAGUGCCCGAUUUUUCUAUAUAUGUGAGACAUAAUCAGCAUAAAAAAAAAAAAUAACAGGAUUGCAAAGCGAAAAGAGAAAAAAUCAUUUGUUCACUCAAAUGUAACGAAUGUAUGUUGUGAUUGUAAUAAUAUAUAAGCGAUUGUGUAGCAAAUAAUCUAGUACUAUUCAUUGUGAUAUGUUGAUUUUUAUUCUGGUAGGGGAAAAAAAAAAAGUUAAGGUUAACACUUAACGUAAUAUGUACCCUGUCAGCAGCAACAGUGGCAGGCAUUGGGGGGGAAGGCUGAUCAGCAUUCAUCAGAAUACAGCCCUUAAUGCGCUAGGAAUCCGUGUCACCAGUGAGGCACAAUGUAUCUCAUUGGUUCUUAGAAAGUCACUGAUUGGUGCACAUGAAUUGUUCAAGUCUACUGUAUAUACUGUAGGUGACAGGUCCAAGUUAAAGGAAAACUAUCAUCAAAUUUUAUUUAAUAACCUUAUUUCAUUCAGAAAAAUGCAGUUAUCAUGUAAUAUUUAGGGAUGUUUAUUAUUUGUUUUCUUUUUUUUUCUUUCCUUCUUUCUUUCUUUCUUUUUUUUUUUUUCUAUCUUUUUUUCCUUCUUUCUAGUUUUCUUUCCUUACUUCCUUCUUUCUUUCCUUUUCUUUCUUUCUUUCUUUCUUUCUUUUUGUCCCUUCUUUCUUUUGUUCUUUUUUUUCGUUCUCUGUUACAGCUUCCAGGUUUCACUGUCUUGUAGCAAUCAGAUGUAUGUUUGCUAAGCAAAAGUUUUUCAUAGCCACCAAUUCUUGGCAAUUCUAGAUAUAAAUUUGAAAUAAUGUUAAAAGCAAAGUUCUGCAGAACCGAUGACAAUCAGUGGCUUUGAAAAGCUGCUGAUUAGUAAGUAUACCCCUUACUUUCUGAUCAAAUAUAUUGUAGCGUAAUAACAAGGGCAUUCUAUCUUUAUCAAAUAAACUGCAAUUUAAAAAUUGGUAUUUAUUUUGCACAAUACAGCAUAAAGUACAAUUAGAUGAUAGUUUUCAUUUAAGAUUUGGGGAGAUUUUAUUCCAAGACACAACUCUAGAGGGGCAGUAAUUCUAGCUGCAGCGAUUGAUGGAGGUUGAUCAUGCUUUUACAUAACUGUACAGAAAAGUGCAUGCUGACAAUCCAUAAAGUAUCCACAGGUGCAUUGGAAUAAGAUCCAUCAUUUGCAUGCCUUAGUAAAGCAUGGGGUUCACUUAAUUUGUUUGCAUAGUCAAAAUUAAAGAGGACAUAACUGGGCAAAAGGAAUGAAAGUCUACCUAUAGCCUAGACACAAUGGAGGUAGCCAUUCUGUGGGAUCUACAUCAGAUCACUAGGAACUAGACAUAAUUGAGGCUCAGUCUUGUCCCAACUUUCAGACGGGGGUGGACUGGGAGCAAGAAUUGGCCCUGGCAUUUUUUGUGUACACAUGUACAUGAAAAAUAAGGCAUGGACACGCAUCACAGGAUCAUGAGUCAUGGGAUGUAGCCUCCUCGUUGCCCUCCCCCGUCUCAUCAUGCUGACCAAGCAGAGCUCCAGGAGGUGGAACUGCUCAGCCAGGCCUUCAGGGGUUUGCCAGAAGUGCCAGAUGGCCAGUCCAUCCUGAUAAGUCAUAAACUGCUUUGUCACACAAUGGCUGCCUCCACUGUGUACCGUUUGUAGGUGAUGGGUGUUAAAGAACUAUGGGGCAGAUGUAUUAAGCCUGAAGACAGCAUAAGGAAGUGAUAAACCAGUGAAAAGUACAAUGUGAUAAACACACCAGCCAAUCAGCUCCUAACUGUUAAUUUAGAUAUUGGAGCUGAUUGGCUGGUGCUUUUAUCACCUUCCACUUAUCACUGGUUUAUCACUUCCUUAUGCCUUCUCCAGGUUAAUACAUCUGCCCCUAUGACUGCUGUUUCACUUACUGUGGUGUAAACGUGUGCUGAACAUUUUGGUAGCAGAUUAUUUUACAGCUUGAAAGACUUGGAUUCACCAGCUCAUUUGGUGAGGGUUUUUGUUAAAUAGCUAUUUGUGCUUUCCCCCCUAAUGUUUAUUUUAUAUAGUUCUAUAGCUUUGUUCUGUGUUGUCUUAAAUUUUUGCAAUCAGUUCAAUGCAAUCGCUAUCUCAACAUAGUACGUUUACUGAGCAAAGGCUCUAAUGUUAUGUUUUUGGGUUUUAGACACCCCACCUAAAGAAAGAUAAAUGUAUAAAGCCUGCAUUAUAACUUCCGGUUGUGGGGAUUAUAUAAAAUAUAAAGAAUAAGAUGAAUAGAAUGGAACGGUUAAUCCAGAGUUUCUCAAUAGUCCAGGAAACGGUUUCCAGAGACAAAUGAUGGAUACCUGGGACUGCAUCUGGAAAACAGGGACAGCUGGCAGCGGGUGGUCUUCUG